GGAAUUUCCCUGGAGUUUAUUCUCAUCUAUACCUUCGCCGGUUUACUUAUAAUCCUGGGAACUAUACAGCUGGCGGUGUGCAUCAAUAAUUACAGAAAGAAAGGAAACCGCUCCACUAAGAGGUGUGUAUAAAACUGCAUUAAACAUUCGCCUAACCGGUAAACAAAUCUGGUAACCCAACGAAUUAAAAAAAGAAAAGCAUAAAUUGUGUCUGGUCAAUUUUAUUUUUAAUUUCAUUUAUUGGGCGUUAUAGUUUUGGAAUAACCCAUUUCUUAAAAACAUUAUAGGUCUGCAAAGGAAAUCCAGGUUUUGGACGGUUGUGAAAUACCUCCAAUAAGAACAGAAUUUCUUGAAUUAUUGGGUGAAGGAGCAUUUGGAAAAGUUCACAAAGCGACACUAAAGGACGGUCUGGCGUACUUUGAGCAAAACUGGGCAUGCAGGCCAAGAAAGCAGAAAAUUAUUGCAGUCAAAGAGCUUUUUGGUGAGUUCAAGUGUGGUACCUUAAGCUUUCUGCUUCUUUUUGCAGAGUGACGUUCAGCCUCGUUUCACAAAAAUAAAGGUCGGUCAUGUGGUUAGUGGUAGACAUUUAUCGAGACCAGUGAAAAUGUACUAAAACAUUAAGGCAAUUUUUUGAGCGCAAAAUUGAAGAUUUUUAAAAUCAUUUAUUACUGCCAAAGAUUACAAUUUUGGCGCGACAAUGACGUUGCGGUCACGUUUUGUCACCGACAAAUAAGACUUUUGAAGGCGUUUGUUUUGCCCUUGCGAGGACAUUUCUUCAAAGGGAGUUGUGAAUUCUUUCUGUAUUUGAAAUUUUUCUAUAAAGAAGACAUUUAAAUCAGUUUUAUGAUUAUUUAGGAACAUGUCAGCUAAGCAAAGUACAUGUACCGUAAAACAUACCAUUCAUUUGUAAAAAAAAAAAAACUUUUUUGCCGGUUUUAUCGUUAAUUAUUCCGGUUAAACAGACAAACUUUACCUGGAAAAAAUGUCGAACUGAAUUUCGUCGCCUUCCUCGUGUUGUGGGGAACAGCCUCCUCGUUUACUUUUAAAAUCUCCUCGUAGUUAAUUGUUACGGUAGUAAUAAACCAGAAAGCCAUUUUGCUUACGCGACUUUGGCUUCACUCGUCGCUCGGAGACUAGAGGUGGGUCAAUGAAUAGCACUAAAUCUCUCGAGUUUGAAGAGCCAAUCACAGCCCAGCGCGCGAAAAAUCACUAUCUACCGUUUUUGCUGCCACACAGGGCAGCUACCUAUUUUUUUCCUGAAAGCGUCUGAGAACUCGAUUUGUCGGGAAGGUUUUUUCGCUGUUCGUUAGCAGUUCCCAUACCGACCAGUCUCCGCUGCGUACCAACCUUUCAAUAUAAGGUGUUUAUUUGAAAAACAUACGGAUAAUAUAUUAUUGUGAUUCAUUAAUGCUUGUUGAUUAUUGGUUAAAAUCUUUGUGCAUUAUAGUUCAUUAUGUUCUGUGUUUGUUUUUACUUGAAACUUAUUGUGUUAAAGAAUAACCAGGUUCCGAAUUAUAAAAAAUCACUCAUGAAGAUAUAGCUAAAGAUAAGUUUAAAAAUAGAAUUCAACUUCAAACUUAAUCUAUAAUCUUAUUAUAUCGAAGACUAUGUGAUAUCCACAACUGAGAUAAAAUAGAUCAUUUACUACCAGUUCAACCCCUUGCUCUUUCUUCAUGGGACGGCACUUCACUUCCAAUAUGGAAAGUCUAGUAGUAUAUACAAAAUAUAGAUAUAUGCAACAGUAGAAAUCAGCAGAGAGUCACUGUCCGAGAGAUCCAGGGAAGAUUGCGACUUGCGUUUUGUAUGUUUGCCCCAACGAGUAUAUCUUAACAGAAUUUCACUUUAAUUUAUGAAAGCCGCAGUUACAGUGAUCGAUGAUUUGUUUGUUUGUUUUUUUGUACCCACCUAUGCUUGUUGUCGCCAGAAAACGCCAAUGAAGAAGAGAGAAAGGAAUUUAUGGAUGAAAUAGAGCUCAUGAAGAAAGUUGGGAAGCACCAAAAUGUUCUGAGUUUCUUUGGUUGCUGGACCACAACUAAACCAAUUCUACUCAUGGUAGAGUAUAUCGCUCAUGGAGAUUUGCUUCAUUGGCUUCGACAUAAAAGGGCUCAGGUAAACACCAAUUAAACACAAAGAUUCAAUUUUUUGAGCUUCAGUUCAGUUAUAGGUCACACAGUAAAUGUUCUAAAUAGUGAAAAAAGCAAGUUUAACUCAGUACUCUCUUGUUUGAGUUCUUACUGCAUUUUCGCGUCUUCAGUGAUCAGUCUAUAAUUUAAGAUUAUGCAAGAAAAUCUCUUCGGCGCAUGGCCAGAAAUCGCGGACAUCGCAUUCCGUGCUUCUUACGUUACAUUCGGGCUGUUUGGUAAUGCUCUUAACCGCUGAUAGUUGGCCAUGUCUGUGUGACCGGCUUAUCUUUUAGGACAGAUCGAUUGGUAGAAUACUUAGUUGUUUUGCGCCAAAUAAAAGCCGCUGACCGAAAGUAUUGCCAAUAAGGCGAAAGAUUGCGCCCGGUUCACGCAACCCCGAUGGGUGAUUCUCGCUGAGAAUGCACGAAAUUUCGGGGGCAUGACCCGCUGAAUUAUGUACUAUUUUAGUUAGUACGGUCAAUAUGGCGGUCCAUGGCGGUCUACAGCCUACACAACUAUCUGUGACUAAGUAACCGUUCUAUUUUAGAUCAAAUAAAAACUAUUCCGCCUUUUUGAUCGAGCAGAAGAUGAAAUGACUAAAAACGAACAUUUUAUUAUUUAAAUGUUCAAACGAUUCCAGCUAAUUCCGGAUACCUCGAAGACAAAUAAGGAACAGAGCGAAAUUAAAUUGCUCAAAAUGAAAUUUUACUUCAUUGUGUUGGUUUAAAAUCCACCAGUUUUUUAAGAUAAAAUGUUUCUAGUAAACACUUAUAGUUCCCAAGACGGAAAAUAAGAAAAUUCUGGUUUCGGGAGUGCGGUUUCGGUCACGUAAUAUAUGAUUCCGAUCCACGGCGUUUUUAAGGCGGGCAAAUUCGAGAAAGAAAUUUUAUUGCAGUCCCCCCAGAUGAAGUGUAUUUCUAUGAUAUUAACAUGAAACUGUUUGAAAUCCUGUAAUAGAAACGUUUUAAGCAAAAAUCUAUUCUUCGGAAGGAGCAAAGCAAAGAAUUUUGGCAUGGCGAGUGCAGCUUGUGUCACAUCCAAUAUGAUACCGAUCCGCAGGAGUUUUUAAGGCAGGCAAAUUCGAGAAAGAAAUUUCGCUAUAGUUCCCCCCAGAUGAAGUGUAUUUCUAUGACGUUAACAUCAAACUGUUCGGAAUCGUGUAAAAGAAACGUUUUAAGCAAAAAUCUGGUCUUCCGAAGGCGCAAAGUGAAGAAUCCUGGAAUGGAAGCGUGGGUGACGUCAUAUGCGAUGUCGAUCCACCGGCCUUUUUUAAGGCGCGCAAAUUCGAGAAAGAAACUUUAUUAUAGUUCCCGCAAAUGAAGUGUAUUUCUAUGAUGUUAACAUCAAACUGUUCUGAAUCGUGUAAUAGAAACGUUUUAAGCAAGGAAAAGUCUGGUCUUCAGAAGGCGCAAAGUGAAGAAUUCUGCAAUUGCAAAUCCUAUAUGAUGCCGAUUCACGAGCGUUUUUACAGCGGGCAAAUUCGAGAAAGAAAAUUUGUUACAGUCGCCUGAAAUGAAGUGUACUUCUAUGAUAUUAACCUCAAACUGUUAGGAAUUGUGUAAUAGAAACGUUUUAAGUAAAAAUGUAGUCUUCCAAAGGCGCAAAGUGAAGAAUUUUGGAAUGGCGAGUGCAACGUGUGUCACAUCCUAUAUCAUGCCAAUCCACGGGCAUUUUUCUGACUUGUCCAAUUACUCUCAGUUCUAAUAGUUUUACACUCUAGGCACCAAUGUCUCCAAAAAGGUUCCUAAGUUUGCCCAAGAGCACAGAAUUUCUUUUUAUAGAUUUUAGAGAAUAGGAACCUCUUUCAAAUUUUAGCCUAACAGGUUCUUAGUCGAGCAGGUUUUAGUGAAAACACAAACUGAUUUAUCAUUAAGCCAUCGAAGUGACGGAAUAUUUCCAAAUUAUUAGAAAGUGGGAUCCAAGCAGGGAACAAAACCGUCAUUUUUGGUCCUAGAUUUCGUGCAAACUAAGGGAAACACAAUGCUUUCAUGGCAGUUCGUCGCAUUCGUUAAAAAGAUGGAACGGAGGUCAAACUGCCUAUUUGGCCCAUAUUUCAUGCAAACUGGUGGAAAGACACUUAAUUCACAGUAACUCAUGGAAGUGCUGGACUGUAUCGCUUUUGUUAAAAAAAUGGAAGAUCCCAGGGCCAGAAUUCGAAAUGCGUAUUCGCCAUAAUAUUGCAAAAAAUCUAGAGAAAACAUCUUAUUUCACAGCAGCUCAUCGAAGUCCCGAACUAUUUCGCGAUUAUAUGAAGAUGGGAUCCAAGGACCCAAAAAUGCAAAUUUAGCACUAGAUUUCAUGGAAACUGGUGGAAAGACCCUGAUUUCACAGCACUUCUUCGAAGUAACGGACUAUGUUUCACUCAUAUCAAAUACAAUUAUUUCAAAGCAACCCACACUGGCAAAAACAAUUCAUUCAAGUGCUGGACUUUAUUUUGCAUUUAUUGAAUACUAAGAAAUUAGGGUGAUAAACACGUUUUUGGCACUAUAUUUUCUGCAAACUAUAUACAUUAAGAAUACACUACUUUUUCAAGAAAUUCAUUCAAGUCCUGGACUAUAAAAAUUCGUAGUGCCCUACACUCCAAAUUGAAGGGAGACCAAAAUUCCGCAUAUUUACCCAGAUAUUCAAUGAAAAAUAGUCAGUCGGAAAUACCCAUUUCACCGCAACCCGUUCAAGGGAAGGAGUUUUUCCCAUGCAUCGCAAAAUGGGAUCUACGGGCCAGAAAUGCGUUUUUGCCAUAUAAUAUCCCCUACAUGUUUGUAGAAAAACGCUGAUUUCACAGCAAUUCAUUCAAGGGCUGGGCUAUUUCGCAUUCAUUAUAAAAUGGAAUCAGUGAACCAAAACAUGCGUAUUUGGCCCUAAUAUGUCAUGUAAACUAGACAUUACACCCUGAUUUCAAGGCUGCUCAUCCGAAGUGCCGAACUAUGUUGCAUUCAUUAUAAAAUGGGAUCAAAGAACCCUGUAUUUCAUGAGGGCUGAUGGAAAAACACUUCAGUACACUUCCACAUGCAGCAGCUUAUUAAAAUAUCUAGGUGCUGGACUAUUUCCCAGUCCGAUGAAAAUGGGAUCUAAGGACUGAGAAUGCGUAGUGGCCCAAUAUUUCAUGAUAGAAUAGUGAAAACACAGUCUGCAUAUUAACCCGGUUUUUGUAGGAAAAGCAGUGGAACACCACACAUUGUCAAGGCCUGGAGUUUCCCCCAUGCAUCGCAAAAGGGAUCUAAGAGCAACGCUGCCCAGGUACGAAGCCUGAGGGCAGACGUUAAGGGUGAAAAAGAAACUUCGAUGGGCGCGCGUGGAGGGGGGGGAAUCCUUGGGAAUUAGUGAAAAUACUUCACAGCAAUUCAUUCUAGCGCUGGACUAUUUCGCAUUUCGUAUAGAAUUGGAUACAUUAUUGCAUUAUACUUUUUCAGUGCAAACUAGAGGAAAAAUAGCCAUUUCACGGCAGCUCAUCAUGGAAGUCCCAAACUAUUUCGCAUUUAUUAAAAAAUGCCUAGUGGCCCAUAUUCCACGAAAAAGAGGGGAAACUUACUAACAUACUAUUUACUCGUGACACUAGCUGACUCAACGGCGACUUGCAUAUUGAGGAGCCGGACUUUCCCCCUCCUUUUGGAGAUCAGAUGUCCAGAAAUGUACGCAACAACGCCAUCUCCUUUGAGUCAGGUUUGAUUUUUCGCCAACCCUUUGGUGAUUUUUUGUCAGCGGUAUGUAAAUUAGCCAUUUUCGUCGAACGCUCCACUUUUCAAGACAGCCCUUUCAACAACUCAAUAGAAAUUUUGCCAAAUCGCCACUUUUCAAGGGACCCCUUUGGACCGCCAUCUCUUUAGAAUUUUUGCACUAAACAUUUGGCAAAUUUUCACCACAUUCACCUUUUUUUACUUAUUCGUCAUUUUUUGCAAAUUACCCUCAUACCCUCUGGCGAAUUUUUUCAGAUUUUCUAUUUCCGCCGUUGCCCUCCUUUCUGGACAUAAGUGUGCAUUAGAACAUGCCAUGGAAUCUAACGGCAAGAAAUUACGUUUUUGGCCUAUCAUGAAAGCCAGUGGAAAAACGAUAUCACAGUAAUUCAUUUGAGUGUCGGACUAUUUCACAAUCAUUACGAACUGGAAGAAAAGGAUUCAAAAGGUGUAUUUGCCCUUAUUUCGUCCAGAGGAGCCCGCAAUAAAGUGCGAUACCUAACGCUUGUCUAUUUUAUGACAAUAUUCUCGAAUAACUGAAAAAUGCACUGUCCAUAUGGUCAAAAUCACUUUCGAUUCGCUGUCCAGUACAUCAUCCUCUGUUUCCGUAGCAGUUAGACAUUUCCUUAACCUCGCCCUUAUCGUUUUUAAACGGAAUACUCAUUGAUCAAAAAUAAAGUUUGGGAGGGGGAUUUCUCAGUCAAUGACAUUGCAAAACUGUUUGACCACUAGAAGUUGCCCCUCAAAAGGUAACGAUUUUAUUUUCCAAAACAUAUUUUAAUUUCUCCUCUAAGGGCAAACUGAAGGAGAUACCGUGGCGUCUUUUAACGAAGCGGAAACAUCGCGCGCUGCCAGUUUAAGGGCUCAAUUAAGGCUGGUUUUCACUAGGAGCUCGGCGUCGGGAUCGUAAGCGGUGUCGUAAGAACGCUUGUGACCUGCUCAUUGCUGUUCUGACGACUAAUUUCCUCACGAACCGCCUGUCUUGUAAUGGUGUCCAUUGCUUAGUGUCUUCCAAAAUGACGGGAGAAAAAGGUAGAGCAGUCCUCUUCCUGAAAAUCUUCCUGUGUAUGUCCCGUAUGUUAAAUCCCAGUCUCUCUCGUUCAACCUCAAAACUUAACACAGAACUGUCUGAAAAUUCAAAUAUUGAACUCCCUAAAAAUCACAACUGAACUGUCAAAAAUCACAACUAAACUAUCGAAAAAGUCAACUGAACUGCAGUGAAAAAUCACAACUGGACUAUCAAAAAUCACAACUGAAUUGUCAAAAAUUACAACUAAACUCUCAAAAAACACAACUUAACUGCAGUGAAAAAUCACAACUGGACUGUCAAAAAUCACAACUGAACUGUCAAAAAUCAAAACUAAACUGUAAGCCUUCUGGGCCAUCGUAUAUAGGUAAGGAGUCAAUUACGUUGAGCAUGGAAUUGGCUAAAACUCGAUGUUACGAUAUCGAAUGUUUUUAGGAUAAUUGCUGUCUGACUAUCAGCACGCAGGGCAGCACCGAGGGAUGUCGGAUUAAUACUAGGAAGUUUAAUACCAAAGUAACAUAGUCUUAAAACAGCUUUAAAACACAGCAUCCGCCAACACAAACUUGACUUGAACUUCAGUAAAACUUAACAGGCCAUGCCAAUAAUAACAAACUCUCACUUGAACUUCAGAUAUCUUACGGCCUCCAACAACUUGUAAAGAUAGAACUUGAAAAUCGACCAUCGUGACACUUUUCGUGGGAAAAAAAAACUUAGUUUGUCAAAAAAACCCGCUUUGAACUUGUAUACCGUUUCACAUAAAGUUCUAGAAAAUGCUAAACAGGCGAAAAGUGGCAGUUUUUCGAUACUUUAUGAUUCCAGUAACUGAUGCAAAUCCGCUGACUCAUGAUGAAAUGUAAACAUGCCCUAAUUAGUUAUUCAUGAAUGAUCCAAAAACGUAGAGAACGUCCGAGAAAGUCACGCAACGCAUGACAACAAUUUUACCACGUAACAAACGUCUUUGUGCAGCAUUUUGUAACUUAAAAUUCAUCGUAAAACAGUUCGAAAGGAACGCUCACUCAUCAAAUGGUUUUCAACACCCGAAGAAAAAUUUCGUGUCUCUACGCGGCCAUUGUAGUAUCCUCUAUUUAUUCCUAGAGUUGAUUAAAGAUUGAACUCGAAGUGAUCUCAAGAUAUCUCGAAGUUAUAAGCCAUUUUCAAGAUGACGAUGUUUGACUACAACUACUAGAAUUCACUUCGUCUUUGCUGUUUUAUUCAACUUUGUCAAUUCCACUGAGGUUUAAAGAACAAUAGCCUUUAUUUGCACAAGAAAACAGCAAACUGAAGGAUUGUGGUAGUUGUAGUAAAAUGACGUAAUCGUGCAAUUGUCCUAUUCCGGUCUCAUUUCCUGAAAUAGCGAAAACAAUCCGAAAAGUCACGAACUUACUGGCCUAAUCUUGUCCCGAAACUAGUGCAUAAUCUCAUAGCCAUUUUUCACAUGCCAAACUACCUUUGGUCGCAGUAGCGCGAUCGGCUAAUCCCUCAACUUACAGUCUUUUCUGAUCUGGCAGGUCACACAGGUGAGAAACUGUACAUGCCCAAAGUCAUCCCAAAAAUGGCAACUUUGAGACAUUCCUGAGCGUCGCGAAUGCUUUACUUCGCGCUCCGCCGAAGUAAAAAGCUGGGUAUACCUUAGUACCUUUCCAUAAGUUCAUUGAUUUCCUUGAUAGGAUCAGAUCACAACUUGCGUAUUUUUUUAAAACUACUUAUUUAAUUUUAGUAAACCUUCAAGCGCCGGUUGCAGACGGUAAGAAGUGUUCCUUCAGGCGGUAAAUUUUACCAUUUACUGCCUGGUAAGGAGAACACUAAAAAGCUGCUUUAUAGCACCACAUUUUAAAUCAGGGGAAUAAAAAUCAAAACAAAAGAAGCCAGGGAAAGCAGGAUAUUUAAGGGGCACUGAUGUCUGUCCAGCACUGUGCAGGGUUCUUGUAAAAUGAAAAAGUACUACAGUUGAACCUCUCUACAACGGCCACCUUGGGGACAAAAGGAAGUGGCCAUUGUAGAGAGGUUGAAACAAGAGUGUCCGCCAAAAAAAAAAAGUGGCCGUUAUUGUUGUAACAUUGAAACCUGUGGGGAUCCCCCUUAGGAGCCCCUGACUGACUUACACGUACACCCCGAAAACGGGGGACCGCGUACGUUGUGUUUUGACUUGCUUGGGUCAUGAACAUGUUAGAAUAGUCUUUACCAGUUGCUGAUUCCAGCUGCAACCACCAAAUGCCCGGCCCCCAGGACUGAAAAGGCUGGGCGCAACUGGGAUUGACUGAUAUAUAAUGGCGGAGCGAGAUUCUCGAAUGCCCAGUCCAUUGCUCCUAGACGCGAAUGCUGCUGAGAACUGGAGGGACUUUUUUACGCAAUGUGAGAUCUACCUUGUUGCAAAAAGUUAAGAUGAUAAAGCGGACAAACUGAAGGUGAAUUAAUAUGUUGUUACAUUGUGCUGGACCAGAAGCUAUCGAAGAGCAUAGUUACUUUGUUUACCGAUGAAGAAGACAAAGAUUGCUAUCAAGAUGUCUGUGAGUCGCAAACUUGAGGAAUUGUGCCAGGGUGCUAGAAAUGUAAUUUAUGAGCGACUGGUGUUUAAUCAGGGAAACCAGAAGGAAGUUGAGAGGAUUGACAAUUUGGUCAGUGAACUGAAAAGACUGUCGUUAGCUUGUGAAUUUGGUGACCUUCGAGAUUCGCUCAUUCGUGAUCGUAUUGUGGGAGGAGUUUUGUCAGACGAAUUGCGAGGUGGACUGCUGAAGAAACCAGAUUUAGCGCUGCAAACUGCUCAUGAGUAUUGACGUACAUUCCAGGCAGCCGAACUACAGAAAUACAAGUUUAAAAAACCAACAGUUGCAGGUACCGAGCGUUCACUUCACCCUCUCAGGAAAGUCAUGGUUGAAGAAAAGACAUCUCGUUACUGUACGUUUUGUGGUUACAAGCACUCAUUUUCUCCGCCACCUCCCUGUCCAGCUCUUGGAAAGAAAUGCAACAAGUGUAAGAAGGAAGGACACUUUGCACAAGUGUGCAUAGAAAUAAGCGCUGAAGGUUCACAACUUGCAGCUGUGGAACAUGAGCCUCCAAUGAAUCAAGAUGUGCACACAUAUUUUGGAUCAGUUGAGCUGGAUAGUGUCUCCGGCACUCGAAAGAAAUCUAGGAGCUUAAUUACUGUCACAAUUUCUGGGAAAGAUGUAUAGAUCAAAGCAGAUACUGGUACAGAAGCUGCAGUCAUUUCCUAUGAGCUGUACAAGGAAAUCACGACCAAACCUCUUCAGAAAAUUCAGUAACCUUGGAAGGGGUGGCUUCCGCCUAAACCCAUCCAUCCAAAGGGCUUUGUGAGGCUUCCAACUCGAUAUGGGAGUCGUGAACUUAACCUGUUGUAUCUUGUUGUUGAUUUAAAUUUUACACCAUUACUGGAUUGUGAUGCUUGUUUAGACCUAGAAGUCCUCGAGUUUAUGAACCUUGAACUGAGAACAGCUCCAGAGUCAAAACAACCAGCGCAAGAAACGCAAAGUCUCUUCCAAACCGAUCCUGUGUUGCAGGAUUAUAUUACUGUUUUACGGAUAAACCUGGCAAGCUACCUAACAAAAUAAAUCUGGAAGUUGAUCCGUCCGUUCCUCCAGUGGUACAUCGUCCUAGAAAAAUUCCAAUUGUACGUCUUGAACGAGAGAAGCUCACAGAGAUGGAACAAGAUGGGAUUAUUGUUAAAGGAAAGGAACUCACCCCUUGGGUUUCAUCUCUGCUAGUGACUGACAAACGAAAAGUGAAAGAAAAAAACACUCCACUCUCGAAGAAUGAUGUUUAAUUUGUAUUUGUACCCAAGGGACCUAAACAAAGCUCUUAAGAGACCACACUAUCCAAUGGUUACUGUAGAGGAGGUUGUUAGCCGAUUAUCGGGUGCAAAGAGUUUCAUGUCCCUUUAUGCCUGCAGUGGAUAGUGGCAGCCCCCAGUGGAUGAUGAAAGUUCAAAGCACUUAACAUUCAAUACCCCCUGCGGUCGAUAUCGUUUUACAAGGCUUCCUUUCGGCAUCUCUUCUGCCCCUGAAAUCUAACAAAAGGAGAUGGACAAACUCUGUGAAAGGGAAGUUGAGAAGAGUACUGGAUAGAAGCAGAAAAGUAGGAUUGAAGUUCAAUCUAGAGAAAGUGAAACUUUGUGUUCCUGCAGUAAGCUAUACUAGACAUGUGUUCUCGGCUGAAGGAUUGAAAUCUGACCCUGAUAAAAUCCGCGGGAUCAGUGAGAUUUCUCCUCCCUAUGACAAAGAAGGUGUACUUCCAAUACUAGGAACUGUUAACUACUUAGACAAGUUCAUUGAAGACAAAGCCAGUCUACAAGAGCCGAUUUCACAGCUUAUUCAGUAGUGGAUAAGGCACCGGUGACUCCUUUUUUUUUGCGGAUUUAAUUAACUUUUUGUGCGGUAUAAAUUAACGCAGAUGACGUCAUGCAUCUCAUUAAGAUAGGAUGAUGUCAUAGUUUAAAUUACUGGCGAUGACGUCAUGUAUUCCAUUAAGACAGGAUAAUGUCAUAGUUUAUUUGUGGCUAGCAAGGAGCAAGUGACAUCAGAAUUUCCUAGAGUUGACGUCAAAAAAUGUUGAGAUCAUAAUCUAUAAACAGAAAAAUGAUUUUUUAUAUAAUCAGCUAUUUGCGAUACUUUUCUUAUUGGAUAUUGUAGAAACUGUUAUGUGUUCAAAAUAAAAGCGGGCAAAUUUUGAACGUGUUAUCUUUGCAGAUUAUACUAAAUGAAAAAUCUUUAAUCAUGAAAUUAUUUUCACUAAAAAUCGGUUAUAAGCAAAACCAAGACACGGAGGUUAACUGAAAAAUCUUUACUUCAAAAGAAGGGAAAAGGAGGUUAAGCGAAUGCGAAAUCGUACUAAUUUUUCGGGCAAAACAUGAAAACGAGGUCGAAGCUCAGCGAAGCGAAAAACUGCUUAUCAAGCAAAAAUGUCAAUCUUUGUUUACUUGACUCUGUAGGAAGUAUUGCACAGGGUACAAAAAUUCUAUAGAAAACAACAGGUGGUUCUAAAGUAAACCCUAUUUUUUUUGGUUCUUGAAUAAACUCCAUUCUAGUAACUAAUAAGUGGAACGUCUAUUAAAAAAAUAUAGGAAUAAGAGGUGCGAUCGCCUAGCAACACAUGUCCUUUUAUUUAGCGCUAAAAAUCGGAUAUAUAAACAAAACACACACACACACACAUACAAAAAAUGGAGCUGAAAACUCUCUAUUUCAAUUUUGACUCACCAUUAGUGAAGUCUCAGCGCUUGAUGAGCUUAUGGUCUUGUCAAUUCACGCGCUGUUAGUCAGUUAAUUAUGCGGGUUAACAAGUCCACAGCUGCAUACAAAUUGGUUCCACAGUAAAAUCCCCAAGGGAGAAACUUGACUUAUUAUUAUUAUGCUUGCUUUUUUGAAAUAAAGUAUUGUAUUAUUAUAAAUACACAAACAAUAAAUAACUUAAGAAGGAUCAAUUAAAACACGCGACAAAUAAAUUGACAAGCCACGAGAUACAGUUUUAAAAAAUUUAUUGAAAACCAGUGACAAAAAGAGUCGAACACACAGCGAUUUGGAAGGAAUGGAAAUUAGACCUCUUCUUCGUUCUCCUCUUUAGAAGGUGAAUAAAAAUUUGUUUCCAACGUCUUGGCGUUUUUGUGUGUAAUUAAUCCACAAUCGUGACACCGAAGAAAGCCCUCUUUGAUGUAUUUUCUCUCCACGGGGAUCUGGUGAUCGCGUAUAGGACAAAUCUUGUAGUUAUCGUACCAAAAGCACCUAGGACAUUUCAUGAUCAAUGUGGAGUACACAUUAGAGUUUUCGUAAUGUUCACAGGGACUUUUAGAGUGAAAGGUUGUGGACGUUUCAAGGCCACUACUUUCUGUUUCCUCACUAUCGUUUUCAGUGUCGUUGUCGCUCUCUUGGGUGCCCUCAGCUUCAACGCCAUUCUCAGAAGCCACUUCCUCUCCCUCCUCCUCCUGAUUUUCAAUAUCCAAUGAACUUUCAUCAUUAUUACUCUCAUUAUCGGAAGUAUUUUCUACAUUUCGGUAGCCUUUUUCCUUUUCUAUUAAAUCGCUUAACAACUUUUUGUUCUUGAUUAAACCUUUAUCGAUUCCUAACUCUGCAAGUCCAUCUAGAAACGUAUUCAGCGCACGAGGCUUGGUAACCUCAUUGUUAUGAGGGAGUAACACAUACUCAACUAGCUCGGCGAUGUUUGUGACGGGAAUAGUGCGUUUAUUUCGAAGUAGUUGUCCGCUGGGAGUCCAGAAAAGAAUAUCUUUGGACGCGGCCAUACUAUGCAGCAAAUCAGAAGCACGCUUUUUCGACACUGCUCGGGAAAGAUGACUCAAAACAUCUUUUAUUCUUGGUUCUUCAUCCUCGCUUUCAUCACCAGAACUUUCGCUUGCUUCAUGUUCACUCUCGCGUUCUUCUUCAACCAAAUCUAUCUUUCUCUUCAUUGUGAUGAGUACCCGUGACAGACCGUAGCUUCAAAUGAGUAACUUAUAGUUUCGGUUCCUCUUUUAUAGCAUCAAAAAUCCUAGGCUUGUAACAGCAGGUACCAAUAGGUCUUGAAUAAAACCAUCACCCUCUUGUACAAGGAUUCGCUUCUUUGUUUUGUAAGGGACAUUUGUUUCUGCUAGGUUUACUAGAGCAUCCUUAUAUGGCAACACGUUCCGCUUAUUUUCUUCGGGGAUAAGAAUGUAUUCCUUAAGUAUGUUGUAUAACACCUGGACUAAUGCAUGUAGUUGUUGUGGACUGGCUGUCCGUGAAAGAAACUGUCUGAAACUGAUGAGCUGGACAAACAGCUAAGAAUUGAAGAAAACCACGAUUGUUCUUGACAACUUGAGACAUUGCGACAAACUGAACUUAUGAUAGUAGUUUGCAGUCUUUUAUUGACUGUCGUGGAGAAAAACAAUGAAAAUGUGGUGGCGGUGGUGGUGGUGGAAGAAAACAAUGCAAAUCUGGUUGUGGCGGUGGUGGUGGUGGUGGUGGAGGCAAAACAAUAGAAAUGUGGUGGCGGUGGUGGUUGUGGUGGUGGUGGAGGGAAAACAAUAGAAAUGUGGUGGUGGUGGAGGGAAAACAAUAGAAAUGUAGUGGUGGUGGUGGUGGAGGAAAACUAUUGAAUUUUAUAGCCUUCAAAACUAUAUCAAUGCGCAUUAUGCUAGCAUUUUCUCAGUCUACAUUCUGCUCCUGAGGAGCUGACAUGAGUUGGUUCCGUUCCGUUAGCGAAAAAUCAUUUAGUAGAAAGGAUAGCAUGCAAAGGCACGUGAUGUCUAAACACCACAAUGUUGGUCUCACACCACUUCAAACAGUUCCAUUUUCACAGAAAUGUCAGCGGUUUUGAUUCGAGCAUCCUUUUACCUCCAUGAUCACCGGAAUGACCGGCUCAGGAAAAACGGCCUGGGUUCGAUCUCUAUUGCAACAAGCUUCAGAGACAAUUUACCCUCCCCCCGGGAGAGGAUUGUUUGGUGUUAUUCACAAUGGCAGCCUGCGUAUACAGAAAUGCUAGGCGCCAUGCCACACAUUGAAUUCGUCAAAGGACUUCCCACGGCUUUGGAGCAGGAUUCCUAUUUUGAUGUGAACAAACGGAAGUUGAUCGUUUCUGAUGAUCAAAUGAUUGACGCCAGUAUAGAUAAGCGAAUAAUUGUGAACCUCUUUACUCGUGGCUCUCAUCAUCGUAAUCUAAGCGUGAUUUAUAUCGUGCAGAAUCUAUUUCAACAGGGGAAAGGUAGUCGCAGCAUAAGCCUAAACAGCCAUUAUUUGGUGUUAUUCAAGAACCCACGAGACAAAUUGCAAAUCUUGACUCUUGCCAAGCAAAUGCAUCCCGGGCAAACUGAUUUCUUUUUAAAUCGGUACGAAGAGCCUGUAAAAAGACCUUUUGGUUAUCUGCUGAUUGAUCUGAAAACUACUACCCAAGAUAAUUGCCGACUGCGAACAAAUGUCCUGCCCAGUGAAGAAGGUUUUAACCAAGCAGGGUUUCAAGAAAAUAUUCCUCAAGAACUUUUAAAAUAUCUAAAGCAGCAAAAUCUUUCGCCUGCCCCACUUCUUCCAGCUAUGCGAGAAAUACAGGGCAACAUGGAUGACUUGCUUUCUCGAAACGAUCUUCGGGACGAUGAAAAAGCUAAGAGAUAAUUUCAGUUGUAAAACAGAUACCUGGCUUUUAAAGAACAAUUAAAUACAAGAACCCGACCGGAAGAAAUAAUCAGCACUGUUCCAGACUUAACAUCAAGCACACAAGAUUCUUCGACAGCAACGGCAGCAUUCUCCCCUCCCAUUAACCCCUUCAACGUAACACCUAAAUUAACACAAGCGGCUAUCUUACAUAAACCUGAAAACGAAAGCUCCACCCCACUACUAACCUUAAAUCCUGCUUUCCAGCCCCCUCCUCCCACAGAAGAAACCCCGCCCCCAUCACAAGGCCCGAAGCGCAAAAGGCGUCGGAUUCAAUUUGUAAAUUAUUUGGAUGAUCAUAAUGCUCAUGGCAAACAGAGGAAACGAACUCGGCAUAAGAAAUUUCGAGUUAGACCUUACAAGUACUCCAUGGGCGAAGAAGAUGAUUAAUUUCCAUCCCUUCCAAAUCGCUGUUUAUUUUCUCACUGGUUUUCAAUAAAGUUUUUAAAACUGUAUCUUUUGUCUUGUCAAUUUAUUUGUCGCGUGUUUUAGAUGAACUAAUUUGUAUUCAAGUUUGGGCUGGUUAACCGGCAUAAUUAACUGACUAACGGCGCUUGAAUUGACAAGACCAUAAGCUCAUCAAGCGCUGAGACUUCAAUAGUUAGUCGUUUUCUCGAGAAGGAACGGAGAAAACGCUUUUGUAAUGGUGAGUCAAAAUUGAAAUAGAGAGUUUUCAGCUCCAUUUUUUGUAUGUGUGUGUGUGUGUUUUGUUUAUAUAUCCAAUUUUUAGCGCUAAAUAAGAAGACAUGUGUUGCUAGGCGAUCGCACCUCUUAUUCCUAUAUUCUUUUAAUAGACGUUCCACUUAUUAGUUACUAGAAUGGAGUUUAUUCAAGAACCAAAAAAAAUAGGGUUUACUUUAGAACCACCUGUUGUUUUCUAUAGAAUUUUUGUACCCUGUGCAAUACUUCCUACAGAGUCAAGUAAACAAAGAUUGACAUUUUUGCUUGAUAAGCAGUUUUUCGCUUCGCUGAGCUUCGACCUCGUUUUCAUGUUUUGCCCGAAAAAUUAGUACGAUUUCGCAUUCGCUUAACCUCCUUUUCCCUUCUUUUGAAGUAAAGAUUUUUCAGUUAACCUCCGUGUCUUGGUUUUGCUUAUAACCGAUUUUUAGUGAAAAUAAUUUCAUGAUUAAAGAUUUUUCAUUUAGUAUAAUCUGCAAAGAUAACACGUUCAAAAUUUGCCCGCUUUUAUUUUGAACACAUAACAGUUUCUACAAUAUCCAAUAAGAAAAGUAUCGCAAAUAGCUGAUUAUAUAAAAAAUCAUUUUUCUGUUUAUAGAUUAUGAUCUCAACAUUUUUUGACGUCAACUCUAGGAAAUUCUGAUGUCACUUGCUCCUUGCCAGCCACAAAUAAACUAUGACAUCAUCCUAUCUUAAUGGGAUGCAUGACGUCGUCGGCAUUACUUUAAACUAUGACAUCAUCCUAUCUGAUUGAAAUACAUGAUGUCAUCGCCAUUAAUUUAAACUAUGACAUCAUCCUGUCUCAAUGAGAUGCAUGACGUCAUCUGCGUUAAUUUAUACCGCACAAAAAGUUAAUUAAAUCCGCAAAAAAGGAGUAACCGGUGCCUUAUCCACUACUUUAUUCAGAAAGAUGUAGCAUUCGUGUGGGAGAAACCACAACAAGAGGCUUUUGAUAAACUCAAGUCUGUCAUCACUAGUGCGCCAGUGUUAGCAUACUUUGAUAACAGCAAAGUAACGGUGCUAAGUGAUGAUGCCAAUAGCACAGGCCUUGGUGCAGUGAUCAUGCAGGAGGGCAAACCAGUUGCCUUCAGUUCAAAGACAUUGACUCCCUCAGGGAAGAUGUAUGCAAAUAUUGAAAGAGAGCUGUAAGCGUUUGUAUGGGGAAUGCAAAAGUUUCACACAUAUGUGUACGGGCGUAGAGUUAUUUUUGAGACAGACCACAAACCGCUGGAGUCAAUCUUUCGGAAACCACUGAAUGAGGCCCUUCCCAGGCUACAGAGUAUGCUGCUGAAACUCACUAAGUAUGACCUUGUGUUGCGUUAUGUCCCUGGAAAACAACAAGUCAUUUCAGACCACCUUAGCAGAGAACUUCUCUGUGAAACUGAACUAUUCAGUGAACCCAAAGAUGUAAUCGGAGUUAAUCUUGUUGAGGACCUUGGAUUAGAAAGCAGCACCCCGCAAGUGCUGAUGAGACAUCAAUAGUGGUUAUGGAGUACGUUUUGAAAGGAUGGCUCUCUAAGAAAGAACAAGUUGAUGAACUUGGCCGGGAUUGUUUUAUGUUUUUAUUAUUAUGUUUUUUUCCAUGACUGCCCAAAUCAAAGACAAAGUUAGUUCCUCUGCCGUGUGUAAUGCGUUCCGCAACCGACAACAGAGAGACACGUUACAUCCUCAUGACAUUCCAGGAUUACCUUGGCAAGUAGUAGGGACUGACCUGUUUGAAUAUGGUGGCCAAACGUUCCUGUUAGUUACUGACUUCUAUUUGAAGUACUUUCAAAUAGAACAGCUUCGCCAUAACACCGCCAUUUGACUCGUCAACAACUUGAAGAAAAUAUUUGCGAGGUUUGGAAUCCCAAAGAAAGGUUGUCAGCGACAACGGACCGCAGUACAGCAACACCAGAAAUUUGUUUAGCAACAACCAUGAGUUCAAGAAAUUCGCUGAAGAGCGGGGAUUUUCCCAUACAACCAGCUCACCGGAGUAUCCUCAAUCAAAUGCCUAAGCUGAAAGAGCCGUACAGACCGCAAAACGCACUCUUAAGAAGGCUGCAGCAGAGACCCAUUUGAGGGACCGUUAAAGUAUCGCAAUACCCAUUCGAAGAUAUCGGUGUGUCACCUGCACAGCUGCUGAUGAGUCGACGCACUCGAACAGUGAUACCAACUCAUCAAUGUCUCUUGUUACCUCAGCCAGUGGAUCGUGAUCAUCUUCUGAAAACGCUUCAUCAGCGACAGCAUAAUGCCAAUUCUAAUUAUGACAAGCAGAGUAGAGAUUUGUGCGGUUUCGUCCAAAUGGUAAAAGGGAAUGGCGCAAAGCUGAAGUAAUACCAAGAUCAUAUAUGAUGGAAGAUGAAUAUGGACGUAUUUACAGGAGAAAUACAAGACAAAUAAUCUCUGUUCCAAAUGAUUCUCCCAUGACCCCAUGGACAAGGACUCCUCCCACAAGUACCCAACCUCAUGACUCUUUUGCGUGUACAAGAUUGGCACUUGUAUUUAAGAAGCCACCGCCAAGUCCAGUGACACUAGAGAGACAGACAGAAACAGUUUCACAAACUCCCGUUACAACCAGAUCUGGGUGUCAAGUUAGGAGGCCGCAAAGACUUAUUGAAUCGUGUUAGGGGGAGAAGAUGUUGUAACAUUGAAACCUGUGGGGAUCCCCCUUAGGAGCCUCCGACUGACUUACAUGUACACCCUGAAAACGGGGAACCGCGUGCGUUGUGUUUUUGACUUGCUUGGGAUAUGAACUUGUUAGAAUAGUCUCUACUAAGUAUUGAUUUUAGCUUCAUUGAAAGAUCCUAUAACAGUAAUAGAGGUGGCCGUUGUGGAGAGGUGGCUUACUGAUUCGUGGAGGUUCAAUUGAAUAUAUAAUUUUCCUCCUCAUAAACAAUAAUUAUAAAAUUCUGUACACAGGAGGAAGUGACUGACUUAGUAAGGAAGAACAUCAGACGAGUUUGCAAUCUAGCUGUCCUCGGUUCGAGUCCUGCUGUGAUCACUUACCUGAUUUGUUCUUAGUUUUACUGGUUGCCUCAGUGUCAGUUGGGGUUUUAAAUCCUGUCAUGUUUUAAUAUUCGAAUUAUUUCUUCCCGUAAUGAAUUGCGUGGAGUUCCUGUAGAAAUAGCUGGAUAUACUAAGUGCACUUUCCACAAUAAACAAAUCUGGCACAUAAAAGAAUGAAACAAGGAUCAAAGAUGCAUUUUAAAUAAACUUGUUUUACAACCAUUUUGAAAGGAAAUCUACUGAAAAUGACAAACAAAAAAGGGGGCCGGCUUCUAACGCAUACAUUGGUUUCAAAUGGGAUCUGUAAAACCACCGAACAACGGGAAGUAAGGAAAAUCUUUGUGAUGGUGGUGCACAGAAGCUCACACAGAAACUAAGGCUAAUGUUGAGAAGCAGAGGUAGUUGGGGAUGCAGGUGAUAGUAAGGCUGGUAUAUAUUUAUAAAAUCGAAAUAGACCGUCUACUUCAGCUUUUAUAUACAAAAUUUAAUAAGAUAUUAAUUUAGAAAAAAAGGUAAAUGAUACAUUGUCAUAACUGACAAACUGAACGUAGUAGACAAAGGGAUCUGAGAGCAGUUUCUAGCCAGGUUUAAGCAAAUUCAAUGAGAUGCAGUUAGAGCAGUUGAGAAUACAUGUGUACAAGUACUUAUUCUUUGUACCUUCCACGAACAUUAUUUCAAAAAUAGAAUAAUUAGCAUGAAGUUUAAAAGGAUAAGGGGGAUUUACUGGAUUUACAACAAUUUGAUUUAAAGUGCGUGUUGAACCUGUAAAAAUUUACAUUUUCAAUUAACUCGUACCAAUGCAAAUUAUACCAACUUAUGUACCUAGAUCAGGGACCAACUUCGUCUUACCUAAUUUGUCGUGAAAUAGCACAAGAUUCGCAAACCUUUGUUGUUGCAAUGCAGUCCAAGUAAGGACGAAGAAUACCAACUUCGGAGUCACAGAGGUGACACGCUUUGCUCUUUGAACCUUCUUUUGAAAAGUUGUCGUUAGAGUAGGUUGUCGUAACUUGGCCCACACAUCGUCUACUCUUAACAGUCUUUUUAUAGCGAAGAUCAGUGUUAAGCUUACAUCAAGAUGUUUCAUAGCUCAUCGCUAAAAUCAAAAAGCCAAGCUACACAACAUACCUGCCAGAGAAUAUCAGUCCACGUCGUAAUCGUCGCGAUCCUGUUCACUGCCAUCAUCCGAAAUGUUCGCACUACGCUGUUCUUCUCCUGCUUACAGCAGUGUCCGCCUGCCAAAUCAAACGAACUGGUCUGUUUAAGCGUUAACAACACCAGCAAGAAUAGGUAAACGACAGAGGCAAAAAUAAUGAACAAAAUAAAGUCUUUCACAACUUACCGGCCCAUUAAAUACUGCUUUAAACGUAAAAAUAUAACCUCAGUGACAGCGUGCUGUACCAGAUUUUACAAUAAGAGCAAUAAACGUGCAAUUACACACCCGUUCUAUCCAUCAUACUGCACCAUCCGGUACAGCACUUUCUUAGUCGAACUAUAGUACCUACUAUGGCGGGUGAUACCCGGUACUUUGGGUCGUACGGGUGAUACCAAGUACUUCCUGAGUGAAUCCAGUGAAUAUUGUCAAUGAAACAUGCUUUCGAACCCGGCGUGUUGGAACAAAAUCAAGCAGAGGAAGGCCGAAAUAUCGCUCAAUCAAUCAAUCAAUCAAUCAAUAAACUUUAUUUACCCUCGAAUUUACAGUGUAGUACUCAAGUGCUAAUAUCUUCGAGCCAACUACAUUAAUAAAUAAUUAUAAUAAAAAGUUAAUUCUAUAUAACAAAUAAGAUAACUAACUACCUAGACAACUAACUUGCAAAUAAUCUUGAUGUAGAAAGGUCUGCAGUUCCUGCCCUUUUUAGUUGUCGCGAAGAAGUAAAAUCAGAAAUAGUGCGGUAAUGGUCAGGAAGAGAAUUCCAAGAUGUUGCUGCCAAGUAACUAAAGGAAUUGAUACCAUAAGAAGUGGUCAAUGGUUUAGGCAAACAGAGCAUAUUAUGUCCUCUUAAAAAUAGGUGCUGGAGCGUAAGCGAAACAUAUCUUUUAAAUAUCUUGGAUAAACAGAAAAAUGAAGACAUUUAAAAAUAAUAAAAAUCGUACUACAGUGGAAUUACAGACACUUUUUAAAAGAAAGGAAAGCGAGAAAUUUCCAACUACGAUUUUCGCUGGAUACAUCCAUUUUUUUAAACUUGAUCGACAUGGUUCUUUCAGAAAUAGGAGAAAGCCGCUGUUGUUCUGCGGGCGCUAAGUCCGAGAUUUCUGGCCACGAUUCUUCAAUAACGAGAGAAAAAAGCAACCCUUAGAAAAAAAGAAAAAAAAAUAAAGGAAGAAAGAAAAAUAAAUAUAGAACUUUUUGGAGAAAAGGAUCCAGAAAAUACCCAAGCGAAAAGAAGAAAAUUUCCGUGACCUCUUUUCUCGCAUAUUUUAGCAUGGACGUUUCUUUUCUGCUAGAAAAAGCAAGGCUAAUUGUUUCCCUCAAGGCCAGAUGGUUUGUUUAUACAAUGUAUAGUAAGCCAAAAUGAAAUCAGUGUCCACGAUGUCUUGCCCUAUUCAUUUUUUUCUUUUCUGUUCUGUCGCCUUUGAUUAGAUAAGCAGUUCUGUGCUAAAAGUCACACCAAGGGCUAAUGCCAAAGACACAGAGCUGUACGCUGGGACACCAACUUGGAACACGAAUGUGAUUGGUGAUCAGGUAGCAACUACUUAAAAUAUAACUUAUAAUUCUUUCUGUGAAAUUACUAUCUUGAAAUAAAGCCAAUUAUUAUUAUUAUUGUCUCUAUUAUCAAGUCUUUGCUGGUGUUCUUUUUGCGCAUCAGCCGGGCGCAAACCAUGCACCUAGAGCGUCAGUCACUCAAGUCAAUCAUUCUGUUCAUACACUGAGCACCUUUCUGAGGAUUCGUGCAGAUCCCAGCAUGCAGAUCUUUUGAAUCUCUGUCAUAUUAGCUCUUUCUGAUACUUUCUUGAUGUUUUCUACCAUACCCUUCUUCACUGUACCAAGCGCACCAACAACCACAGGGAUCACUACGGUUUUCAUAUGCCACAUUCUCUGUAUUUCUAGUUCUAGGUCUUUGUACUUGCAUUUUUUUUCAGUUUCCUUCAGUGCGAUGUUUCUAUCUGAUGGAACAGUCGUAUCAAUAAGUUUGCAGGUGGAAUUCACUGAAUCUUUAACCAUGAUAUCUGGUCUGUUCGCUGUUUUAGUUCUAUCAGUAUUGACUGGCAUGUCCCACAUGAUGGUGAUGUUGUUAUCUUUAUUGUGUAUCACGGUCUCUGGUUCGUGUUCGUACCAUUUGUCUGUAAUCUCUAUAUCAUUAUCUUUACAUAUGCUCCAAUGGAGAUAUGCUGCAGCAUUAUUGUGCCUGGAGAUGUACUCUGUUUUGGCUAAUACCUCACAUCCAGAUACAAUAUGGUCCACUGUCUCUUCAUGUUGCGAACACAUUCUGCAUUUACUCUCCACUUGCUGGCCACAUAUUACUUUCUGGUAGUUUCUGAUGUUUAUUGCCUGGUCUUGAGCUGCUACAAGUAGUCCCUCUGUUUCUCCUUUCAAAUUACCUGACAACCAUCUGUUGGUGGUGACUGUGUCUACAUGAGGCUUCUCUAGGAUCUUUGGAUACUGGCCAUGCAAUGCUUUGUUUUUCCACUUUUCUUCUUUCAUUGACUUCAUCUUGGACUUAAACAAGUGUUUCAGGGCUUUAGCAUUUUCAGAGGCAGAUUUAUCUACUCUGUUCUCAAUUUCUGGCAUUGUUACUUCCCUUUUGAAUUUAGUAGCAUUCUUGGAUAUUGAAUUUUUGGCUUUAGAUCUUUCAUGUUCAAGCACCUGCUUUGGAUAUUGCCCUUCCUUGUACUUCAGAUAGUGAUCAAGCCCUAUUGUUGCUGUUUUGAAUGCUGUUUCUACAUCAAUCAGGCCCCUACCUCCAUCUUUUCUUGGGAUGUACAGCCUUUCCACAUCUGCUUUAGGAUGUAACAUCUUGUGCAUGUUCAAUACUUUGCCUGUUUUUAUUAUUAUUAUUAUUAUUAUUAGCCGCAAUAAGUUAAGGAUUGAGAAUUACUCCUUAAGCGGUCAAAAAUUGGUUAAAUUUAAGUAACCACUUUAACUCUUUUUUGUGUUGCAAGAAUAUGCAACUGUUCAUUGACGCAGCCACAUACCCCUAUUUGUGGCUAAAUGUGAAAGCAUGCGCACAACACGCUUGCACGACACGCUUAGCGUGUCUUAGAUCACGGAUAUGCGCAUGUUAAAUUGCUGAAACGAGGAAGGACACACAUCUGGCUUUGUUUAGGUAAACUUCGGCACACCAAAUCUUUUUUUUCUUACAAAGAAAACAAUCAUUAAAAAAUAUAUAUAUAUUCGAAACACACCUACCUACUGCUUGCCCCGAGUUUGCUUGUUUUUCAGUCCAUGAGCAGUUUGUGCGAAGUUAAAAUUUAGAUUUUGUUUGAGUUUACAAGUCAUGUUUCUGGCGGGAAUAACGAGGAAGUUCACUUCCCAUCAGUGCAUUUCUAAACACCAUAAAACACCCUCUACUUGUUUUUAAACAACCACCUUCUUAUCAUAAGUGGUAAUAUUAUGUUGUGACUGAACCAUUUAGGAUGAUUCGUCAACUGAAACGAAAGCAAUUAACUUGGGAGUACCGAAAGUCAAAACGUGUUCUGCUUUUGAUUUGAUGGAUCAAAACGAGGGUGAUUUUUAUUGUGAAGAUGAGUGCAAAAUCGCCAAGCUGGUAUCUUCGGCAUCACCUCAGGUACGUAUACAUUUCAAAGUUUGUUAGUCUUAAAAGGGCAUAGUCUAACCUCAUUUAGACCGUUUGGGACUACAUCUAUGACUGGGACCAUACAAGUUUGUCUCUUGUCACUACGUGUCAUGAUCCCACUUGGUCGCCUUCUUGAAACGGCCACGCAUCUUAGAAGAUUUCGAUCAUGUCAGUUUAGUUUUAAAAAAAUCAAUUAAUAUUGCACCAAAACAAAUGAAAACCAACGGAAAGAUUCUCAAGUAAUUAUAAAUUAUAAAAUACUGUUCAAAAAUCCAAGCAAGCAAACAAACAAAAAACAUUUUAGGGAUCGAAGGAGCUGAUGUUGUAAGCGUCAGUCUCUUUCACUGUGAAUUAAAAUCUAACUGACGUCUUAGGUUACCUCAAGCGAAUAAAAUUUAGAAACAAGUCACGACGGCUAUAUUAGUGAGAAUCAUUUCACAAACUGAUGAAGUGUUAAAGGUGCCAUGUCUAGACAUUUUGGUACUUUCUAAAAAAUCUAAGAGUACUCCGAAAUAAUUGAAAACUCGCUCUAAGAAAGCUAAUCCAAGAUAGUCUUAAAAUACUGGGUUUCAUGCUGUGGAUCAUGACUUUCUGGCAUUGGGUUCCGGGCCUUAUCAGUGGGACUUGGAUUCCAGAUCGUUAGCGGAAUUUAAGAUUCCUCGGCAUGAAUUCUUCCAAAGCCCAGGAUUUUGGGCUCACCAUAAGCAAACGUUUCCCGAAUUCCGGAACCCGGGUAAGAAUGCCUGUUUCCUUAAUUCUUGAAAGAGUUUGGUCAACUUUUUGUGAUGAAAUUCUUGUGUUGUCGAAAGUUUGACCAAAAUCUGAUCAUGCGUAUGUUGUUUUCCUUGAGAGAGUUGCCUGAUACCUAUCGUAAGAGUUCAUAGCGUGAAAAAUCGAAGUAUGAGAAGGAAAAAGACGGUUUAAUUUCAGUUUAGCAUUGGACCAAAUUAAAAUGUAAACUCGCUUUGAAAUAGACUGUGGGGCAGUUUUUGUAGGUGUGUGACUCUUGUUAUGUACUAUCUUGCUGGGGACAAAUGCUGCAUCUUUGUUAAAAUGAUACGACAAGAUCAUAUUUUCCCACCAAAUCAUCCCCUGGUGAAUAAGAUUUCAAAAGCUACGGACUAAACUUUAAAACAGCUCCUCUUCCUCCUCUACCUCAAAAACCCUUCCUUUUUCACACUGGUGUAGGUUCGUAAAAGUUUAAACUUGUCCAAGAUUAGCGUUGAAUUUAUGUUCCGCAUGUUUCUAGAGCCGUAGCUAGCGGGGGGGUUAAAAGGGGAAGGGGGGCAGCUGCCCCACCUGGUCCUGUAAGCCACACACCUUAAGUCUGUGGAUGGAUUUGUUUUCUUUAGACUCAGUUAUUAUGAUUAUAGUGACUUGCAAUAUUGUUUGCCAUUUUCAUAUUCGAGGUCUAUUUUUCGGAGUCAUAUCUCAUUACAAGUGUUGAAAAUAGCGUUUCAGACCCUCCAAAUUUGAAAAUCUUCUUCCCAGACCCCCCUUCAAGGUUCGUGCCUUCGGUACUCGCGAUAAUUACCCUUCAUUAAAAUGUGGUUAAGACAGUAUGGCAAAACCAUGAACCCAGAAAUCGCCUCAGAAAUACACAAGGACACAAAAUAGAACACAAGUAAGGGUACUUUAUAUCGUUUCCGUACAAUAAGCAAUAAGGCGAGUUUUUUCGGAUUUUUACCGUUCCCAAAUAAGCCCUAUAAAUCGCAACAUUGCCAGAUAUAGUUGGUGAGUUUGGGAUAGCUGUGGUUAUGUUUUUGAAUUGAGGACACAUGCUUUUUGCAAAGCGUGGCAAUCUUAGCAAAGAAAUUACUGGUAGUUGACAAAUUAAAUAACAGCUUGAGUCAAACAAAUAUGUCUCCUGAGCGUUCAGUAUGUUAAGUUUCCGGUAGAAAAACAUUGUUUUAUUUUGUUCUUCGACUAACUUGUUGUUUUUUAAAGGCAGCUGUUUGGCCCACAAACAAAUUUCUCGGAGUGAAUAAGUAUCUUCUUGUAAUCCGAUUUGUUAACUUUGUCAAGGUGGCCCCCUUGCCGUAAGUAGUCGCACUGUCACCAAUACAGUCCAUCGUUUAUUAACUCAGUUGUGAAGAAUAAUUAGUGGGAUGGAAGUGAGGUUUUAAAAGAGAUGGCCGCUGGGUUCAUUAACCUUCUUCCCCUGAAAAGGGGUCUUAUUAUAGAGCGGCGUUUGCCUGAGGGAAGGGAAGCUUAAUAGACCAUUUACGGUAUCUGCUCUUAUCACAUGAACUGUUUAGAAUACAGAGGGAGUUGAAAACAGACCAAAUAUAUCCGAAUCAAGUGAGGGACCUUCAAGUUUUCCUGACGGCGAGGGUGAACAAAGAGGAAGCUAUUUUGACGGUGCUGAUCAAUGCAAAAUCCCAAUGACAGUGUUCUGGUCGUCGAUCCAGGAAGAGAAAGCUGCACCAAACACAAAUGAAAAAGAGUGUGAUAACGACUGUGAGACAUUUCAUCCAACUGACGCGAUGUCCUUUGCGUGGCAGAUAGCACGAGGAAUGGUGGGUUGAAUCUCUUGAAAAACCAUGACCUGUUACAGUGUUGCCGCAGUAAAAUUUUCUGAUUUCACAAAUGCUGCAAAGUUUUAAUAAACUUAAGAGGGUUAAAGAUGUUGUAAAGAGAGUAUUACAGAAAAUGAAUAAUUUUCGGGAAAAAAAACUCAAUCAUCCGUUUGUUUAUGCGGUGUUUACUUGGUUAUUUGGACUUACAUUGGUAUCAAGGAUGAGGAUAAUUUACAGAGAACAACAGGAAAAAAGGAGCUUUGUAAUGUCAUGAUGAAACUAAAUCAAUAGGCCACUGACAGCGUCACGUCACAAGUUACCAGUUGAGCCAAUCUGGGUUAUUUUUUUUUUUCAACAAACGAUUAAAAUGGAUGCUUCUUUUUUCUGAAGAGUCAUGUUUGGUCAUACUUGCAAACGUAUAUCGCUGAUUCAAUAAAGGUUGCUUUGGCCAUUGAUAAAUAGGCACUGGAAAGCUAUCGUUUGGUGGUCACUUAAGCAAAUUAUUGCUUUGUUCUGUAUGCCCAAAUACCCGAUACCCAAUCGCCAAUGACCAAUUGCCAAAGCAACCUUAAUUGAAUUAGGUGUUUAUACCUGACUACUUAUCUCAUUCACUUACUAACUGGGUGUACACUUUUCAGAGCUACCUCUCUGAGAAGGGCUUAGUUCACCGGGAUCUUGCUGCAAGAAACAUUCUUGUUGGGCACGGCAAAAAACUAAAGAUUGGAGACUUUGGUUUAAUGCGCGAAAUGUAUCAUGAGCUGUAUGAAGUUAAAAAGCAGAAGAAACUGCCCAUCAAGUGGAUGGCACCAGAGGCGAUUUGUGAACAAAUCUUCACCUCCAAAAGCGACGUGUAUGUGCUAUUUUUCACAUAAUACAGCCGAGUAUAACACCGAUUCAACGUGCUCAAGAAACCUUGAAAUUCCGUUCAUUUAAGUAUGCGUCGCUGCUUGAGGCUUGUUUAUGUGUAUAUUUUAUCUAACAUAACUUAGGCUUUUUAAUUCCCUUGAGUGUAAGUUUCCUCUGAAAGGGUUACUUACCUGGGUUAAACGCUCCAAGAUGUGCAAAAAACGUUCCUUUCAUUGUAAAAUUUGUCAAGAUCAACCCGUCAUGUUUUCAUUCCAUUUCAUACCCUUUAGCCGAAAAGUUAAACAAAAUAAGACGCUUCUCGAUAAAUGUAGGCCAUGUCGUAAACUAUUUACAGCAGCAAUACUAGUCUUAGGAAGCGUUUUUCAUGGUCUACGUUUUAUGGGCAAAAGGCAACAUUUUGGGCUUAUUUAUUUUACUUAUUUGUUUCGUUUAUUAUUUUUUUCUAUUUUAGGUGGUCAUAUGGAAUCGUUAUGUGGGAAAUUGCAACUUUAGGUAAUAUUCCAACUUCUACUUACUUUGUCGCCCGCGUAGCUUUUUCUUUAGGAAGGGAUGGGGGACACCGAGAGGUGCGGUUCUGCCCCAUUCUCCUUUCGCUCCUCACCGUCGCCCUCCCCAACAGCUAGAACUGCUCGGGCUACUUAGGCUUCAUCUGGUUUAACAAGUGCAUAAUCAAACAAGAAAAUGGUCAGUACAGAGUUUUUAACUGCCUAACAACUGGCGAGCGCUUUGAAGAAAUUCUCACUGAAAGGGACUGGUAAGGGAUCAGAAGGACAAAUAUUCUUAUACUAAAUAUUCUUCGGAACGGUUUCUCUCUCUAUUUGAGAAAAUAUAUCUAAAGGCCUUUUAAAGUUCUAUAAGCUUAUAUCAAACCUACCUGACUAGGUCAGAUCAUUGUCUCAAAUCUUACAAACGUGUAACCUGAGAUCAGGCUCUAUUUUCGUUUCGCUUUGUAAAUAACAUUCCGGCAGGCAUGGCGAAACGAAAAGAGAGCCUGAUACAAACCUUCUACGAAGCGUCUGCCGCCCCCUUUUUUGAUUGAUUGACAUUUGCCGAAUCCGCCAACCAAAAUUACUUCCGUUGCUUGUUUUUCUAGUAUGCAAAUUUUUCACGCGUGUGAAAAAUGAAGACUGGCUGACUUAAAAAAUAGCUUUUAUCUGUUAAUUUUUUCAGCUAAAAAUAAAACAGUCAGCACAAUCACAUUUAACUUCUUGCGAGAUUAAGGGAGAUCUCGAAGGUUCUUACUGUUGGCGUAGAUGGUAAGAAGUUUUCGAAAAGACGGCGACACGAUGUUCUACUAGUUUUAUUAUUUUGGCUAAGCGCGCUCGAAUUUUAAAUACUGGAAUUUCUAUUUUUCCGUUACCUUAGUAUUUUCCUCGGCAAUUUCGCCCGAUUUUCAGCGCAUAAAUCUUUGAAAACAAAAGCAAACAGCCAACGAGCGAGGAUACCAGUUUUCCUGGUUUAUUUUUUACAAAAAGCGAAGGCAAACAACCAGUCUGUUAACACUGAAAAUUCCUUGAACAGCGAUGCGAUAAUUUUCGUCUAACACUUCACAGUUGGCCAUUGAGGUUCUUUCGCAGAGAGCCUCCGCUUGCUUACCCCGUUCAGAGAAGUCAUUCCCGGCUAAACUUUCAGAUGACACCAGUUUUAAGAUGCACAGUAUUUUGAUUUGUACCCGUUUGUUGGUAAAUCAAAAGGCACCUUGUUAGCGGUCAACAACUUGCAGAGGGAUUCAACUCCGCGAUACACUCACCUUCCGUAUUAAUUAAAAUAAAGCAAAUCCUGAGAAGAUAUGAACAACCAUAUGAAUUUCCUGAAUUUCCAUGGCACAUAUUAAGGAAUAUUUUCCUACCAUAAGACCAUAAAACAGUAAAAAAGACAGCAAAAUCGAUCCUUCUCUCCGCCUUCGACGGAUCAUUCACGAAAACAACCACGCGAGGAAUAAGCGCUGUCAACUUCGGGCGUUUCCGACAGCCAAUCAGAUCUUGUGGCAUUUUUCUAACAGCCAAUCGGCAUUACGGCCAAAAUCUGCCCGUAACGAGCACAAACGUGAAUGAGUUUGGAUCAGGCCCAAUUUUAGCGGUAGCCGCUAGAGAGAAUGUAUGAGAACCGCUCAAAUUGGGCCUGAUCUCAGGUUAACAAACGUGCAUAAACUUGCCACAUAAACUGUGCCACACUUCAAGAAAUAAAAGCAAACGUUAAAUACAAUAAUUACUCAGGCUUAUCAUUCGAGAUGCAGCUCCUGAAAGCUAUCAAGUAAGGCCAGAAUCGCUUGAGACUUUUAAACCGUCUUACGCAUCAAGCAAAGUGAAAAAAGAAAACGAUGCCAUCCGAAAUAGGAUUUCCGACCUUUACAGGCGACGCAUUUCUCAACCAAAAUCCUAAUAAACAAACCAGCCAUGAAUAACAGAAGACUCUUUAUAGCAGCUGUAUUCAUUUUGUAAUCCAGUGGAAAAAGACAGUUGAAAACAUCACAAGGUGACACAAAACUCUGUCAGCUUCAUCUGUCAAAGUAAACAAGUUUCAAGACGCUGCGUAGUUUCUCCGCAUGAACUCACCUGUCAAAUUUUGACCAAUCAGAGCAACCACGAGACCAUGGUAAGAAAACGUCUUCCCCGCCUGUAUUUUUAAAUAACUAGCUGAUUUUUCACGUCCAAGGUCAGUUUGAAAUCAAAAUCUUAAUAGUGCGGGGGAAUAGUGACAUAAACACAAACAUUUCAUAUGAAUUUUAGAAAAAUAAACUUGAGCCUGUGAUCAUUUGAAAACUAAUAACUUGUCAGCGGAUAACUUCAAAAAACUACUCGACCUCGAUGGGUCUAUACCUGAGCCCGCGAUACGGUCAGGUGAUACUGGUCAGCGGAUACCCUGUUUUGACAGCUGUCAAUUGAUCACAACAUUGUUGUGCAAUCAGUUUUCUUCUGGGCUCCCAAACUAGCUAGAAAGUGUGAGAGUAAAUAUUGGUUGCCCUGUGGUGCGGACGGACGGUCGCUCGAUCGCUUGGUGUACGGUCACGUGAUUACCAUUUUUUCUGGGAUGGGUAGAUUUACUUAGUUAUGGGGCUCCGCCCACGCUCGCUCGCUCCCCCCGCGUGCGCGUGGAGCUCUCGCUAUCAUAAUCGGCGAGACUAUUUUUAAUUUUCUUGCAGGAGGUUCACCUUAUCCACUACUGAACAACGCUGAGGUCAUGAGUCUCCUUAGAACGGGGCACCGAAUGGAAAAACCUGACCUGUGCUCGGACAACUUGUAAGCCAUUAGAAUUCCUAGGCAUAUAAUAAGAUUUAUUAACUAGUAACAAAAUAAAUAUAUUACUCAUUCAAAAUAUUUUUUUCGUUUGUGACGGCUCUUGAUUUUCCCGGUUGACUUGUAAGCUAAAAUAGGUUUCAAAUAGGUUCAUCAGAAAAGUUCCGUGUAUCCCUCUCUCAGUUCAUUCCCGCUUGUCCAAAAUUAAAUAAAUUCAUAGUUUAAAGAAAAAAAUGGCUAGUAACUAUGGCGUACAUUUGCGGACAAAAAUAAUUGAAAAUAAAAUACAAUUUGAAGUUCAAAAAUUAGACUAUCCAUGUCGAAAUCUCGUCAUAUGAAUUUGAAAUCGCAAUGAACGCAGUCGAAAUAGCAUCAUUCGAACUUGAAGUUACUACUUUGAACAAGUUGAAACUAUAAAGGGAAAAGUCGACAUCGGGGAUGUUAAGUUCAAAUCACCAUUCCAACUAAAAUGCAAAUUACAUGAUUUGAACUUCAAUUUACCUUCUCCACUCUAAUAAGCUACUUAAUCGUCAACAAUGCAACCAUAAUCUCCCACAAAAUUCCAAAUGAAACCUUUAAUUUGAACUUAAAGUCACGUCACAUAUUCGAAUUCGAAAAACCAAAAUUUCAAUUCGAAAGGAAGCGGAAGUAAAAAUAUACAGGAACCGGAAAUGAUAAGAGUUUGGCUACACUUUACAUACGGGAUGUUUGCAUAACUGCAUUUUGGCGCGAAAAGAUUUUCCCUUCACUCGAAUAAGGGUGACUCUAGGACAAUCCAAGAGAUUGUGAGGGGCUGUCGUGGCAAACUUAAGGGUGGUUUUCUGUAAAAUUUGAACUUCGGCCUGACACGGUACCUCGUCGAAUUUGGCUGAUUUUUGGCAUGUAGUCUUAGAAUGGUUUCCUAAAUACUGAAUGCAUAUGCUAAGGUUUGAAUUCUCUUUGGUUCCAAACAUACAGGAAUGACAGUUUUGACAAGGCCUCGAGGGACCGCCAUGUUGGUGAACUGAAGGACGUUUACGAUAAUUAAUUCUAGCUUUAUCAUUAAAAUAACGUAAUCGUGACUCAUACAGUGGCAAAGAAUUAUGCUUCCUCCUUUCAUUUACCUACUUUUAUCCGAAAAUAGUUUAGCCAUUAUAACGGUUAUAACUUCUCACAGCACUUUUACGGUACUUAAAAGGUCCACAAAUUUUGUAGAAAUAGGAAGGCUAGUAUCACCCAUGCCACAUCGAUUUAGAGUAAGCCAUUUUCACUAAACAUAGUUUUUUAUAGAUAAGUUAGAUUGUUGAAUAAAAUAAUUGGGCAAAUGUAACGGAGCAGACCUACAAUUGCUUGAUUUGAACAGAUAAAGCUAGAAUUGUCCGCCAUAUUGACCAGAGAGUUCGAUUUCGCGCCAAAAUGCAGUUAUACAAACAUCCCGUAUGUACAGUGUAGCGAAACUCUUAUCAUUUCCGGUUCCUGUGUAUUUUUACUUCCGCUUCCUUUCGAAUUGAAAUUUUGGUUUUUCGAAUUCGAAUUUGUGACGUGACUUUAAGUUCAAAUUAAAGGUUUCAUUUGGAAUUUUGUGGGAGAUUAUGGUUGCAUUGUUGACGAUUAAGUAGCUUAUUAGAGUGGAGAAGGUAAAUUGAAGUUCAAAUCAUGUAUUUUGCAUUUUAGUUGGAAUGGUGAUUUGAACUUAACAUCCCCGAUGUCGAGUUUUCCCUUUAUAGUUUCAACUUGUUCAAAGUAGUAACUUCAAGUUCGAAUGAUGCUAUUUCGACUGCGUUCAUUGGGAUUUCAAAUUCAUAUGACGAGAUUUCGACAUGGAUAGUCUAACUUUUGAACUUCAAAUUGUAUUAUAUUUUCAAUUAUUUUUGUCCGCAAAUGUACGCCAUAAGUAACGGGCAUCAGGUUUGUUAACUACGACCGAUUGUCACCCAAUUUUGUAAAAACGGGCUUUACAACAAAAAAUGAAAAAAAAAAACCUCUGGGGUUGUUAUUCAUCCUAUCCUUGUUCAUCUGAGGAUUAAAAAAAAUGCUUUUUUGUUAUCUGUUAGUUACGCCUUUAUGAUGGAGUGCUGGAAACAGCACCCGGAUGAACGACCAAGUUUUCAGGAACUAGUUGAAAGGCUUGAAAGAACCAUGACUGAGCAAGUAGAAUACCUUGAUCUGAAACAGUUGGACGAGACUAAAGCGUACUAUCAAGUGCAAGAGUCCAAAACGGGCGAAAUAGGCGGCGACAGCGGGCUCGACAUGCAGAGAGCUGUUUCUUCCAUUUCAAUCGCCGUUUAG